AUGCUGGAUAUGCUAUGCUGCCUAGCCCUCCUGAACCUGGCUCUGGCGGUCCCCCAGGAGUGCAUGUUUGGCGGGGAGGAGUGUGGUGGACAUGGGAGGUGCCAUGUAAGUACUGAUGGCACUCCGAGCUAUUGUGUCUGCGAUAGCGACUACACCCUCUCUCCCACCAUGGGCUGUGUCGUAACAGCUUGUUACAGUGAGGUCCUCGACGUAAUGUGCAACAACGGGGAGUGCCAGCAGGUCGACGGCGUUUACAAGUGCGUCUGCCCUUCAGAUCUUAUCUAUGUAGGGGGCCAGUGCACAACGAUGGACUGUAUUUCUAAAGAGGACGACGGGAGAUUCACCGUCUGCUCUAACAACGGAUACUGUGGGUACGGCUUCUUUGGUGAUUCUAAGUGCAUGUGCCUGCCUGAGUAUGAUGACGACGGACUUUGCAAGACGUGUAACACAACCAAUGCGGACCUGAUCGACGGUAAGUGUGUUAGCAAGAAAUGCUUAACAGGGCCUCCUGGCGAGGCAACUCAGCUCUGUGGCGGGUGCGGAGCGUGCGUGAGGACGGGUGCAGGCUACAAUCUUGCCUACACGUGCGCAUGCUCGGGUACAGAUGGCUGUAAGGAAGUGUCCGCUGGAGUGUGCGGCAUUGAUGCCUGCAUUUCAGACAAUCAGUUGGGAGUCGUGUGCAAUGACGCCGGAGUUUGCGAUAAGAACGGCUGUCACUGCAAUGCAGGGUACUCGGGCCCAACUUGUCUGGUCAACGAGAAUGAUCCUAACGCGUGCCAGUCGCAGUAUACGCGGAUCAAUGGAGAGUGUGUGCCGAAGAUCUGCGUGCCGGCCAUACCUGGCGACAACGUUUGUGGAGGUCCUGAAGCUGGUACCUGCCUCUUCAAUAAAGAUAUCAAGAACUUCUUUUGCUACUGCUCCGAUGGCUAUAUUAAUGCUCUCGAUAACAGGAUCGACUUUAAUUAUCAAUGUGUGCCAUUUGGUUGCCUAGAUGGCCUUGGCGUUUGCUACGAGGGUAAGUGUCUUCCGGGUCAAGGGCCCUAUCCAUGCAUCUGUGACCCAGGCUUCCACAACGACCCUAGGUCUGGCUUCUGUGGAUCCGACAUCUGCCUAACGGGCGGACCGGACAACCCCGACGAGGCUUGCAGUGGCCAUGGCCAGUGCAUGUACUACGGGUGCUGGUGUGAUCCAGGCUACGGUGGUGAUACCUGCAAUGAGGAUGCGCCGGUUUACUGCUAUGAAGGCCAGAUUGCAGUCGGCAAGGAAUGCGUCUUUACAGAUUGCGUGAGCUACACACCUGAAAUGGGCGUUUGCGGAGGCUUCGGGACGUGCGUGCAGUUCACUGGAUUCUACGGUUCGAGUGAUUUUUACGAAUGCCAAUGUGACCCAGGUACGAUUUACGACCGCGACUAUCUCUGUCUGCCAUCUGUCUGUCUUACAAGUGACGGCCAGGUCUGCCCACACGGAUCGUGCCAGAAGGUGGAUGGAGAGGCGACUUGCGUUUGCAACAACGGAUACAAGAGCAUUAACAAUGCUUGCUUCCCUCUUUCGUGUCUUGUGACCAUCGACGGAGAGGAGCUUGUUUGUGCAAACAACGGUGAGUGUGACCUUGACUCAGGAAUUUGCAACUGCAAUGAACUUUUCCACGGCGAGCACUGCGAUGUCCCCAAGGACCACGAGAUCGUUUGCAAUUCUGACGAAACCUUGAUUGGCGAGCGGUGUGUUUCUGACUACUGCAUAUUCGAUGGCGUAGAAUGCAACAACCACGGGCGCUGUGAUAAGACAUUCAGCGACGGGCCCAGGUGCGCUUGUGACUUGCUGUAUAUACUCUCCGCCCAGUAUGGUUGCGUUCCUCUGAACUGUUACGAUCAAGACACGGAUUCCGUUUGCCCCGAUGGCCGGUGCGUGGGUGAGGGCAAAGAUAUUCAUUGUGAGUGUAACCCGGACUUUACCCUCAUUAAUUCUGUCUGUGUUCACAGCAACUGUCUAGCAGAUGAUACGAUUUGCUCAGGAAACGGCUACUGCGCGCAGAGUGUGUCUGGGGAGUACAAAUGCCAGUGUGACUAUCUUCAUAGUGGUAGUCUCUGUAAUGCGUGUUCGUCUGACGCGGUCCUUAUAGAUGGCUUGUGUGCCAGUGACAGCUGCAUCACAGUAGAUGCUUCUGGGAAGAAAACUGUUUGCUCUGGAAUGGGUGUCUGUAAGAAGGAUUCUUCUAUCAGUAGCGCCUAUUGUUCCUGCAGAGCUCCUUUUGCACUCGUCUCCGGAAAGUGUGUCUCUGCUGAUUGCUAUGCUGGAGAGCCCAUUGGUGCUCCCUGCAACGGCCGGGGCUACUGUGGCUUGAGCACUUUCUGCACAGAUCCAUCGACCUGUAACACGGGGCAAUGCUUCUGUAAUGAGGAAUACGAGGGCAGUCUUUGCGAGAGCUGCUCCUUCAACUAUAUCGACGUGCCAACCUACGGGUGUGUCGCCAGGGCAUGUUACAAGGAUGGCUUGGUAUGCAGCUCUGCCGGAGACUGCAUUGAUGGCCAGUGUCAGUGCGCGAGCGGCUAUACUGCUUCCGGAGCCGAGUGUUUGAUGCCUUCAGCCACAAAGAACGGAGUCCUGAUUGGAACUAGCGUGGGCGGUGUCGUCUUACUCAUAGCAAUCAUUGUCGGUGUAUUCUUCUGCGUCAAGAAAGCGCGGAAAGGAAAGGCUCCUGAAGGGCGCGCAGGAAAGAAGACAAGAGCACUGCUGUCUGACGGUGACGACGAGGAUGAGGACCUUUUGGUUCCUUCGGAGUCUGAGUCCGGGUCUGCCUCCGCUGCAACAGGCACAGAUGAGAUUCCUUAA